CAAACCAGCCGUGCGUAAUGCAACGCAAGAUCACGGAACGGGAUGGAGAGAAGAAAAGCAGCAGUGUUUGAAUGAGCUCCAGUACACGCACUGAUGCUGUAGGUCUGUUACAUUGUGUCAGCCUUGUUGCAAUAACUUUCCUCACGCACAAAGCGCGUGCGUGCGCAUGGAUGCUGCGCGUUCUGAUUAGACCAGGUUUAGAGUACUAGGGCAGCUUCAGAAGGCUCGCGCGCCCUGGACACGGUUCCUCAUCAUGCGUGCUCCUGCGGCGCUCGUGUCUCUGCUCGCGCUGUGCGUGAUCGCGGCGCGCGGAUGCCAGCUUCCCCAUGACUGGAGAUCGCAGACGGAAGCGUGCCGCGCGGAGCUCGCCGAGAUCAUCGUUUUCGCCAGGGUGCUCGCUGUGCACGAGGACGCGCAUGGAGGCGCGUAUAACUACCUGCCGUGGCAGCACGAAGCCGGACUCUUCUUCUCGGCUGAGAUCGAGCUGCAGUGCGACCAGGCGUGGGGCAGCAUGCUGGAGGUGCCCGCCGGCUCGCGCUUUAACGUCACCGGACUCGGCUACUUUCCAUGCUACUCAUACAGCGUGGUCGAGAAUAACAACUACUACUUUUUCCUGAGGAUGGAUGAAAACUACAACAUCAUCCCUCACGGAGUGAACUUCCAGGACCCCAUUUUCCCUGACACACCGGAAAACCACCGCAUGUUCGCCAGCCUCUUCCAGUUCUCCAACUGCACAGCUGGGACACAGGUCCACACGUACACCCCAGAGUGGGAGGCGCAGGAGGACAGCCGGCUCCUGUGCUCCACAGUGCAGAAAGCUUUCUUCGAGGAAGAGGAGAAGGUUAAAACACUUUCGCAGAAGGUUAAAGUCCUCGAGAAAGCCAACAACCACCUGAGGGACAAAGUGAAGAACCUGAAACGCUUGCUGAGGCUGGCCAAACGGGAGACCAAGGAUCAGACGGGGCUUCUCAAACAGCUUCACGAGCCUGAACCAGAGCUCCCACAUCCACAGCAAGAUACCACUCAGGUCCAAAAACCUGUUAACAGGAAGAUCCUGCCUAGGAAGCUUAAAACUUAGGAAAUUGAGUCUAAUUGCUUCCAAACUUGGAAAGUAAUGCCAGGGAGUGAAACUGGCUACACAGCUGUAGGUCUGCGUGAAUAUACAUUUAUCAUAGAAUAGAAAGAAAAUUGGGGUAACAUGGAAAGUAAUGUAUGUAUGUACGCUUCAUCUCAGGAUUAAAAGAAAAAGGGAAAUGAUCCAGAGAGUAUGCAUAUACUGUAUGCACUUCAUGGGAAGCAAUGCUAAGUAAUAAGAUGAAUAUUUACUAACCGUUAACCAUUUUUAUCCAUGUUCACAUAGAAGACAUAAUACAAACUUUCAUAGUGUUAGGCAUUUGCAGAUUAUAUCAUGGUCGAAUGCGGUCAGCACUUAGUCACAUGGUGUCAGGAAACAGUUUAACAUUCACUCGUGUUCAAAUGUAUAAUGUGUGACGUUUGGAAAAGUUGCCAAAGUCUACUCCUUCCUUUGAACUUAUGAGGCUUCCCUUACAUACCUCUAUUUCAAAUCUGGAAACAGCCAUUUGGAAACAGUCAUCAGACUGAUACUAUACCUUCUAGUUGUCCGUCAAAGAAUGUUUCACCAUGUUUGACCGUUUAAGGCUUUAAAGACAACUAUUUUUGUAUAUUCUCGAAACAUGAUGCACUUGACAUCUCUGGAAUGUUACACUACACUCUUUCCAAAUGUCUUUCAACAGUUCUUUUAUGAUUCCAAUCUGUAUAGUGUUUCUUUUUCUUGUUCUUUUUUUUUUUAAUACAACCAGGGUGCUGAGCACUCCAUAAACAGAACCACUACUCAAUAUGGCUUAUAAGUAAAAAAAAGGCCACGUGUUCAGUAUUUAGUGAACUGAUUUUAUUAUGUUAUGUUUGAACAGUCUGUUAUGUUAAGGUCAGCGAUUUUAUAUAUAUAAAAAAAAGUAAGCAAUAUUGUUUUACACGUAUUUUUUACAUUUUCAUAAGUUUUUCUGUAUGCUAUUGAAAUGAAAUAAACUUUCACUUUUACUUAA